CUCAGUUCUAGUCUCCACACACCCCGAGGAUUUCCAUAGGAGCACCAGCAUCGCCCGGCGUCAGUUCCACGGCGGCAGCCUUUCGCUUUGAGGAGACUCGUCGUCGCAAAAGUUUACUGCCGGCCACACAGCAGGUCCAACUGCGGCUAUGCUUGCUCAGGCUUUCUUGAUCUCAUUCGUCCCUGUGGCCCUGGCUGGCGGUCAGUUCGGCUUCGGUGGCGGGUUCAACAGUGGAGCGUUUGGGCCAUCAUUCGCUGCCGCCACACAGUCAUUCGCCCGGCAGGAGCAGUACGGACCACCACAGCCGUACAGCUUCGGCUACGACAACGCUGAUGAGUACGGUACAAAGUCCUUCCACAAGGAGCAAGGUGACGCAUCGAAUACGAAGACGGGCGCCUACGGCUACUCGGACGCGAACGGUAUCUACCGCCAGGUGAAGUAUAUCGCCGACGCCGGCGGAUUUCGGGCCAAGAUCGACACCAACGAGCCCGGUACCGAGCCCGGAGCCACCGCUGACGCAGUCUACAGUGGGAGGCCGCUUCCUGCUGGUCCGCAAUACCGUGUGAUCGGUGGUUCUUCCCGCCUGUCGGCUCCCUAUACAAGUGCUUCAACUUACGGUUUCGGCUACGGCCGCCAAGGUCCAUGGGCCGGCUAAUGAGAAUGCUUUAAUGUAAUAGAGAAUGGGUACUGCUGAAAGCAGUUAAAGCCUAUGAA